AUGACAGACCAAGUUUACCCAAUUGUCACUUCAGAAGGUCUUAAUGAACAUGAUGAUAAAGACAUUCUGAAUGUUUAUGAUACAAAUCAAUUCACACAGGAUCAGCAAGAAUUCUUUGAACAACAAGAACAAAACUUUAAAAAUCAACAACAAUUAUCCUCACAAUAUCAGCAGCAAUUUUUAGAACAACAGCUACAAUUUUUAGAGCAACAGCAACAACUCUUGGAACAACAAAAGCCCUUACAAAAAAUAAAACAAUUGAGAAAACUCACAGAACAAUUACAACAAUUGCAACAGCUCUUACAACAACAACAGCAACAAAUGCUACAACAACAAGAACUAGUUUUAAAACAACAGCAACAACAAGAACAAUUUUUAGAACAACAACAACAACCCUUACAAAAACAACUUUUAGAAAUUUUAGAACAACAGCAACAACUUUUACAACAACAAUUACAACAACCUCCACAAAAGCAGCAAAAGAUUUUACAACAGCAGCAAAAACUAUUAGAACAACAGCAACAAUUAACACAACAACAACAACAACUCUCACAACAGCAACAACAGCAACAAAUUUUACAACAACAGCAAGAAUUCUUGCAACAACAAAAAUUCUUACAACAACAGGAAGAGCACUUACAACAACAGAAAAAUCUCUUACAACUACUGCAAGAAUCCACACAACAGAAACAGCAGCAACUUCUCUUAGAAUAUAAACAAAAACCCACACAACACCAGCAACAUCUCUCAGAACUCUUAGAACAACGCCAACAACUCCUACAAAAACAGCAACAAUUCACACAACAUCAGCAACAACUCUUGAAGAAUCAGCAAAAAUUCACACAACUGCAAUUAUUACAACAAUUUGUACAAGGACAAGUCACCAUACCAACAAACUAUCAGGAGGAGUUGAAAAGUGAAAUCAAAAAAUUGGUGAAUAAAAACAAUGAAUUGAAAUACAAAAGUGAUGAAUUGAUUAAAGAAUUGGAAAUUAAAAAUGUUGGAUUAAUAGGCAACUUCAAAGAAUUGGAAAUUAGAAAUGUUGAGUUGGGAAUUAAAAACAAUGAAUUGGAAAGUAACUUCAAUAAAUUGAAAAUUGAAAACAAUGAAUUGGAAAGUAACUUCAGUAAAUUGAAAAGUGAAAACAAUGAAUUGGAAAGUAGCUUCAAUAAAUUGAAAAGUGAAAACAAUGAAUUGGAAAGUAGUUUCAAUAAAUUGAAAAUUGAAAACAAUGAAUUGGAAAGUAGCUUCAGUAAAUUGAAAAGUGAAAACAAUGAAUUGGAAAGUAGCUUCAGUAAAUUGAAAAGUGAAAACAAUGAAUUGGAAAGUAGCUUCAAUAAAUUGAAAAGUGAAAACAAUGAAUUGGAAAGUAGCUUCAAUAAAUUUAAAAGUGAAAAAAAUAAAUUGGAAAGUAAAAAUAAUCAAACAAUCAAUGAAUUAAGAAAUAAAAACAAAAAAAAUGAUCAAACAAUCACUAGAUUUAGUAAUGACAUCAAUGUAUUGGAAAAUGAAUGCUAUUAUUUGGAUAAUCAAAACAAAAAAAAUGAUAAAACAAUCAGUAGAUUUAGUAGUGAAAAUGAUAAAUUGAAAAAUGAAGUCAACAAAUUGAAAAGUGAACUCAAGAAAUUGGAAAGUGAAGUUAAUAAGUUGAAAAGUGAAAACAAUGAAUUGGAAAGUAAAUAA